AUGCCCCGCCCCACCGCCACAAAUUGCACCCGGUGCAAAAGAGCCUUCGGCAAGGUGCCCAAUCCAACGGUAGCCUCUCCUCAAGAAGGGGAUAUGUUGCAGCGACGGGGUACAACUGCAAACUGCCAGAGCUGCUAUUCGUUCGUUGCCGUGUGCCCGAAGUUCAAAGGCUUGUCAGCCAAGCAAAUCAACAAGGCCAUCGAGGAUGACCCCGACAGCUACCAGCGGGAUCUUCAGGAAUACGAACAGAGCAGACGUGACGGCAAGCGGUAUCGUGGCGAGAAGGCCACGAGUGUGCUAGCAGAAACCCGGCAAGGCAUGCAGACCCGUCGUUUGCUGGGCUAUUUGUGGACGGAGUCUCUUCUCCAGAAACAUCAGCUCAGUCACCUAUGGAAGUCUCUUCCGAAGCAGAGCAUCAGCCACAUGGGGAAGAUGGUCCAAGGAGUGCUGCGAGAAUCUUUCGCUGCCGGCACAGUGGAGGUGUACGAGACGUCGGACACCCAAGCUGUGCGGAGUCAGCUUGCAGCCGACUGUGAGGCUGAUGAAGUAGAGCAAGCAGACAAGGUGUUUCAGGACUUGGGUGCAGGUCUGAGGCUGCAAGCUGUGGACCAAGAGCCCACGGAGGACGGUUCCGAGGCUGGCAUCAUUCUUAAGAACCCCAAGCGGGCCAAGGUUGAUGCUGAGGUCAAGGUUGAUGCUGACGACGAUGACUUCAUGCAGGUUUGGGGGGUGUCGUCAUUGACCUCUGGCAGUGCUUCAAGUUCGCGGACAAACAAGGCCGACAAGGAGGACAAUGAAAACAAGCCUGUCAAGAAACCAAGGACAUCAGCAGCAAAGAACCAAUCCUUGACUGUGGGCGACGGGUUCUUUCCAAGCACCGACACCUCUUCCAAUGCCGAGUACACCCCAGGUUCUGGAUUCGGCCAGUCUGCAUCGUGGUUGUUUGGGAUGAAGGUACCCGGGUCCCAGAAGAAGGGCACGGGGAAAUCCCAGCAGAAGGACCUGAAGGGGCUGGAUGCCAGCGAAAAAAUUCUUGGCCAGCACGAGAACUUCAAGAAGUACCUCGCCCAGGACUCCACCUUCAUGAGCCUCAGCUUCCAGAAGAUCACCGGCCACUCGGAGAAGCUCCAUUCCCGGAAUGCACCCGAGCUUCAGAAAAUUUACCGUGACCUCGCGAAUGGGCAGACGGAUGGGCGAGCUUGCCAGAUCAUGAAGAGGCUGGCCCAAGCCUUGACGGAGAUCGCCCCUAUGUGUCAGUUCGUUUCUGCCUUCAGAGACCAGGAGGCAACAGCGGAGACGAUGAUGGAAGGGCUGCAAGAAGCCCGAGAUGCGGGUUUGGAGAUCUCGGGCGAGGCUGAAAAGCUUUGCAUGGCUCGUUUGUUGUUGCAACAUGCCAAGAACGGCAAACACGAUGAGUUCUUUCGUGCCAUUGAGUCAUCGGAGCUGAAGGGGAUGUUCAAGGAGGACAAGGAUGGCAUGACCGAGUUCCUCUUUUGCAGCUUGAAAUCGGCUGUGAACAAUAUCUUGAAUUCGGAGUUGGAGGCCCCAGGCUUUGAGAACUUCGGCAAGGAAAUCAAAGAGGCUGGAAGUAUUUCGGUCGAGGAGAAGGCGAUGCAAAAUGUGGCUGUGGAUCGCACGAAGCUGCUGCUGAGCUUUAUCGACGGGUUCAAGCAGAGCAAGGUUUGUGAGGAUUGGGCCGAGCAUCAGCAGGAUUGUGUUCAGAUAGUUCAAUGGCUUGAUGACAUCAGCAAGUUGCAUAUCUUGGCUUGCUCUGCUAUUGCAGACGAGGGCGAAGCCACCACGGCGGAUAAGGUUGAAGAAUUGAAGGCUAGCAGGAGUCACUUGUUGGCCAAAAAGAAUAACUUCGCUGAAUCCAUGACUUUGUGGCCACUGGGUCAGUUCGUGCAACAGAAGGCGAACUCUCGUGUGGAGGUGUUCCUCAGAGAUCAGAGCCUCAAAGCAGAUUUGGGGCAGUGUGUUCAGCUGGCUACUCAGCUGAAAACCUUCUCUACUGAUGCUCUCUUCAAGGCGGACUCCCUGGAGAUAGCGAUUCCAGGGUUGAACAAGGUUGUGGAAAUGGUGCAGAAGUUCUCUAUGCUUCAGCAGUUGGGUUCAAAGCUGUUCCUGCAGGACAACGAGGAGCAGAUCAGGAUCGUCACCCUCAAGAUCACCGAGCUCCAGAAUGCGAUUCUCGGUGCCUCCGUGCAUAAGUUCCGCAAGAGUGUUGGGGAAAACCUUGCACAUUCCUUGGACACCCUUGCCACGGGCCAGAUGGACACCGACCUCACCGCCCGUCUGGUGGAGCAAAUCAAUGAAGCAAAGAGUUUCAAUCCUAUGCAGGCAAAUGUGCUCAGCAAGUGUUUGGGAGCUUGGGCAGCCCCCAUCCAGGAGGCACUCCAGGAGACACGUACAUUCUGGACCCGCUUCGCUGCUGUUGUCCCGGCAGUUGUUGGCCUAACAUGCCCAGCCUCAGCGGCCUGUGCUGUGCCGAGGCUGCUAUGUUCCGACCUGGUUGCCCUCAUGGAGAUCUACAACGACCCAUCGAAGAUGCAGCUUGUGCAGAAGAUCUGUGUGGACGUGGGCUCGCAGAUCAUGAAGAUUGGCGAUACCAUGAAGAUCCUCGCCAAAGAAGCUUCCAGCUUCUUGCAGUUCACGGCCUUUCUCUCGAGCUCAUGCAACGAGGAGGGCUUGGUGCAGGACGUUGUCGGGGAGUUUCAGGGAGAUGAUGACAAGGUGGUUGUAGAUUACAUUGGGAUGUACAAGUUGUACGGCAAGUACCUUCCGGAGGAUUUUGUGUGUGUCGAAUUCAUUGCUCCUUCGGGAGAAUCCACGGCCAUCUCUGCAGCAUCGAUAUGUGCGGCGGGGGCAUGCCUACCCUUAGCGAAGAUGAUCGUGCAUUUCGCCACAUGGGCGAAAGAGUUCCGAUCCAUGCCUGCUGGGGGGGUUGUGUUUGACUCCUGCCCGACAAAUCCUGCCGAGGUUGCCGGCUUCUAUGCCAAAAGCCGCAUGCACAUGCUGGGUGAGAAAGCUCAUGAGACUGCAAAGUUUAUGCACACUUUGCGGGUUGCAUACGAGGCUGCCGAAACAACACGUCACGACAUGGCACGUAAGUUUGUGGCAUCGUCUGCGAACAGGGCUCCCCAGCUGCUCGGCAAGGUGAUCGACGUGGUGCAAGAAGAUGUCAAGACCAUCAUUUCUGGUUUGGUCGAUUCCUAUGCCAAAGUGACGGUCCGUGCCGAGUUCCAAGCUUCGCUCGACGACAGCAGCUUGGAUGGGAAACUUGGUGCUUCCAUGUGCUUGGAUGAGUCCGUGCAGAAGAUUUACCGUUUCCUGAACUUUGGCAUCGAUAGCUUUACAGGGCUGAAGCAGGUCAUGAUUGGGAUCAGUGGUGCAGCUACUUUGUUGGGAAGUUGCUCCCUUGACAUGUCAGGGUUUGAAGUCACGACGGUGACGGCCAAGGCCGUAAUUCAGACCAUCCAGGAAUUCACCGGGACGCACGAGUCGGGAGAUCAGGUGUGUUUGCAAUCCAUUUGUUCCAUGCUGGCUAAUUGUACUAUGGUGCAAGCAAUGACAAGAGAUCUCAAAACUGGCGAAACCCGGACAAACCUUGUGAACAAGGCGAUGUCUGGGAUCAAAAAGCGCCAAUGGAAACUGCAUGCGAGCCUCACUCAGCGAUGUACAGAGAUUUUGAGUGGCAAGGCCAAGGCAGUCAAGUAA